AAAUGUGUACUUCUCACAACGCUUUUUUCCACAGGGAGUGAGGGUAGUGGCAAUAACUGUUGUUCUCAGUUUGAAUGUUGUUGAAUGAUCUUUAAAGUUUUGAUCGGAUUUUACCAUGUCUCAGACUUGAACAGGAAUAUUGAACCUCAUUCUGGGCAUAAAAAUCAGUGAUUUUUACUGGACUUUACUGAUCGCAAUGAGACCAACAUCAGUGGGACGUAAGUCAUCUCUGAAUCCCGUUCGUGUGUCAACACUGGGUGACAAGGGUUCAGCUCGUCCAGAUUCACGAAAGACGUUGAAGCAGAGAGCAUCAUCGAUAGGCGAUGGUUCCCAAAUACCUAGACCCAGAAUGCGAAAUGACUCUACCGAGAGGGCCAGCAUCAGGCCGUCGACGUCAAGAGCAACCGCAACCCCAGUGUCAUGCUUGCGUCCUCCCAGUGAGAUUGGAAGUCUGGCCAGAGGCCGUUCUCCCUCAGCGGAACGUGCCAGCGUUAUAGGUGCUGCCAAGGGUCCAAAAAAAGAUACGAGACCAUUGAAUGACAAGAGCUAUCAAAAUCUAAUGCUCAGUAGAAUCGACAAUUUCUUCAGUGACACCCAACAAUCGGCGAUUCUCAAUCCAUCAGGAAGUUUAAAGCCAGUGUCCCUGAAAAUAUUCGUUAAUGCAUCGGAUUUUCUCCUGAAACUCUUCGAGUACAAGCAGAAAUUGAGUCUCACCAAUUACAUGGAAGAGCUACCAAAAAUAGCCAAAAAACUUCAUUAUCCUGGUGUAAUGGCGAAAUCCUGGUUGAAAACAGCCAACACGAUGCACUCAUUUCCCCACGUCCUCGGAUGGCUGUCCUGGCUCGUGGAACUUUGUGAAGUCAAGGAUUUUGCCAAUCAGACAUUCCAUCUGAAUGCUCUACCCUUCAACGACAGCGAUCAUGGUGAAGUGAUAAAUCGCAGUCUGUUCUUAGCACUUCUGGAGCUUUAUCAAGUAUGGAAUGGAGGUAAAGAGGAAGAGGAGAAAGCACUGGAGGCCAAACACACCGAUGAAAUAGCUAAUCAGUGUGGCUUCACCGAGGAAGACGUUGAAACAGCACAGGCUGAAUUGGAGGAAUCAUUGAGAAAACAGCAGGCACUACUUCAGGACGAUCAGAUUAUCAUGGAUCAAUUGAAUGAAUGCACUGAAAAAUGCAGCAUGCUGGCUGCUGAUGAAAGUAAACAGAUUGCUCACUCAUCAGCCCAGACAACAUAUUCAAGUACAAUUGAGGUGGAAAUGCAACAGUUGGAUGCUAAAUGGCAGUUGUUUGACAGGGAAGAACAGAAGUGCGACGCUAAACAGGAUGAACUCAAUGAUAUUAUUCAACAGCAGACGAUGAGCAUCGAUGAGAGAGAUGAGAUUCUCCAUCAGUGUUUGCAGAUUCAGGGAUAUAUCAACAGUUUUAAUGAUCAUGUUGAGGAGAUGGAGAAAGAGGCCUGGGCAAUGGGCAUGAAAGCAUCGAAAGCUCGUGAUCAGUUUGACAAAUCUAUAUUAGCAUUCAACAAGGACAUCGUCAUUAAUAUAAUAAAUGAUAUUGCUGGAAAUUUGGAUGAAUUGAAGAUGCCUGAGACAUUCCCCACAAUGGACAUUGUGGAGGUACUGAAACAAAAGGCCGAAACAAUCAACAAUUUGAAAAAUACCAUUAAAAGAGAAUUGAGCAGUUGUGAAACAAUUAUUGAUAAAGAUUCGACUAAAUUGGAAACACUGCUCGAUAGGAUCAAAAUUCUGGAUCAGGAGAAGAAUGAAAUGGUGUUGAAAAAUAGCGAGACGAGACAGUGUAUUAAGAAAUUGAAGGAGCACGCUGAGGAUGAGAUGAAUAAGUGGCUGGAUGCCCUUCAGAAGGUACACGCCGAUAUAAAAGAUUUGCAACAGUCUUGCCCGGAUGUUCAGGCGAUGGAGAAUGAAGUGGCCGAGGCUCACGAGAAAUUAGACGCUGUUAAAAGGAGGAAAGCUCAUCUGGAACAAUGGGCGCAAAUUUUUUUCGCCAAGCUUUUCGAAACAUUGGCGUCUCAUAGAAAUGAGAUGCACAAGCAUCUUACAAAAUGUCAAACUGAUUGCUCAAACUAAUUCUGAUGACUAGUUACGACUGUUUGUGUGAUUCACGCGCCGUAUUUGAAUCUGCCGCGUCGAACACAACUCGAAAAACGUCUUACGGAUAAAGUUAGCCGACAUCUUAUGUGUCUAACUUCAUUUAUGUGCUUGUGCCUUUAUAAAUAAACGAUUCGAUAUAUCAGA